AUGGAUUCCUAUGGUAAUACAUGUGAGAUAGUGGAAUCAAGGGAAGAACUAAUUUCUGACUUCAAAACGGUUGACAAACCUGAGAGUAGUUGUGCUCACAAAUCAGGAAAAAAGUAUUCGAUUGAGGAUGAUAUUAAUCAGCUUUUCCAGGCUAUUGAUGUUAAAAGUUCAUCCAGAGGUCGCAAUUCAUCACGUUUACAAAAGAGUGCUCUUAAAAGGCCAAUAAAAGUCACUUCAUCUCAGGCGUCGGGAAUUGGCAUCUCAGAGCCCGUAAGUUUAAAGCAGGCACUUAGAGGGUUAUGCAUCUCUCAGGCCUCAGAAAUGGCUGCUUUGAAAAGACUCUCUAAGCCGUGCAGUUCAUCUAGAGCAUCAGAGGCUGGCACCAUCAAAAGGUUGUACACAGCGGUGGUAGAUGAGGGGAAAGCGAACUUGGUUGAAAUUUCUCUAGUACCAGAGAUAUCUACUACACCUUCUAAUAAAUUGCCCUGUGUAACCACAUCAAGUUCAAGUAAUCAUCAUUGUAGUCCUUCGGUUGAUGCAACAAAACCAAAAGAAAUGAUAAUUGGGUUUUCAUCCCAAGAUCAGAUUGUUCCUCUGCCAUUUGAGGUUGAGGGUGAGAAACCAAUCAUGGAGAUUGGAAAACCAAUACUUGCAAAUUUGUCACCAGUUGCCUCUGCAAGUGAAGUAGUGCCAGAGGUUAGAAGGGGUCCUGCUUCCUCGAGCAUCACUUCUCUUGGUUCUUCAAUGCCAGUUAAGGGACAGGAAGCAAAUGCAUGUUGUCCACCUAGCUCUAGCAUUGCUAAUGGAGGGGAUAAAAUCACAAGCAGUAAUACAUGUUUGUCAAAGCCAAUAUUUAAUAACUUGAAUUUCCUUAAGAAAAAAGUAAAGCAAGAUUUAAGUUCUGCCUCAAGCUGCUCCACUCCAUGUACAAGAAAUUUGGACAAGGAGGUUGGGAAUUCUGAUUUGAAGCACGACGUGAAAGAAAAUGAAAAAUUGUCUCCUAGCAUUGAAGUUAACUCAAUUAGUGUUGGUACGGAUUCAAGCAAACCUGGUUUCAGCUUGAAUUGCAAUAAGAGAACUAAGUUUCUGGUGACAAAGGUUGACGAGAAAUCAAGAUCAAAGGAAAAGGGUGAGUUCUCUCAAAGUUCAAAAAGUAGCAUUGGUGAAUAUAGUAGUAGCACAAGCAUCAGUGAGGAAAGCAGCCUAAGUGGUUCCAGCCGCGGUGGCCACAGACCUCACAUGUCUAAACACAUGAGAUGGGAAGCUAUUCGAGCUGUGCAGCAGCAACAGGGUAAUUUAAAUUUGAAGCAUUUUAAGCUGCUAAAGAGGCUUGGUAGCGGAGACAUUGGAACUGUUUAUCUUGCGGAACUAAUUGGUACAAGCUGCCUUUUUGCACUCAAAGUGAUGGACAAUGAAUUUUUGGCAAGUCGGAAGAAAAUGUUCAGGGCCCAAACUGAAAGAGAGAUCCUUCAAAUGCUAGAUCAUCCAUUUCUUCCUACAUUGUAUUGCCAUAUUGCAACAGAUAAGCUCUCUUGCUUGGUCAUGGAGUAUUGUCCAGGAGGAGAUCUGCAUGUGCUGCGGCAGAGACAGUCAUACAAGAGUUUCUCAGAACAAACAACCAGGUUUUAUGUUGCUGAGGUUCUUCUCGCCCUGGAAUAUUUGCACAUGCUGGGAGUUGUAUAUCGAGACCUAAAGCCGGAAAAUAUCCUAGUACGAGAAGAUGGACACAUUAUGCUGACAGAUUUUGACUUGUCACUCAGGUGUUCUGUUAAUCCAAUGUUAGUCAAGUCAUCUUCACCUGACACGGAUGCCACGAAGAAGACCUCCAGUCCCUGUUCUGAGGCUAGCUGCAUACACCCUUUCUGUCUCCAACCAGAUUGGCAAGUUUCCUGCUUUACUCCCAUUCUAUUAUCUGCUGGAGCAAAAUCUCGAAAGGUGAAGUCUGACAUAACUUCUCAGGUUGGUCCACUGCCACAGCUUGUGGUGGAGCCUACCAGUGCACGGUCUAACUCCUUUGUUGGAACUUAUGAAUAUCUUGCUCCGGAGAUCAUCAAGGGUGACGGUCAUGGGAGUGCAGUAGAUUGGUGGACUUUUGGUAUACUUCUGUUUGAGCUUUUAUAUGGUAAGACUCCCUUCAAGGGCCAAUCAAAUGAAGACACAUUAGCCAAUGUUGUGUCACAAAGCCUUAAGUUCCCAGGUGCUCCAAUAGUCAGUUUUCAUGCCAGAGAUUUGAUCAGAGGGUUGUUGAUAAAGGAUCCUGAAAAUCGAUUAGGUUCUGCAAAAGGUGCUGCUGAAAUAAAGCAGCACCCCUUCUUUGAAGGCCUCAACUGGGCUCUAAUACGGUGUGCAGCACCACCAGAGCUCCCCAAGUUUCGGGAUUUUGGAAGCAGUGCUCCAUCUAUGGGUGCAAAUAAGGAGAAUGCAAAUGAUUUAGAGGAUAUAGAAGAUUGUGAAGAGUUUGAGCUGGGCAAGGCUGGUUUUCUUAUGUUGUGGUGGGCGUUUCCUUGGUUUAAAGCACAGAUCGGAGAUUCUGAUGUGAAUACUGAUGAUAGAGCACAGCUGGAGUUGGAAUGUUCUGUGCAAGUCAUGAGCUGCCAAAAGGCAGAAAAUGUAUUUUAUUACUUCCUGAAUGGAGCAUCACCUAAUGUUGUUUUGCUUCCUGCCUUCUCUUGUAAUGUAUUGAAUCUUUGGUACCUACCUUAUUAUGCGAUUCAUUCGUGCCUGGUUUUAGAUGAACUUGCAGAUUCCAGAGGAUCAUUGUUGAAAAAUAUUUAG